AUGCCGGGCUCCGAUUCAGUGUCAGCCACUUUGUACGGCUUGGGCGGCAGCUCGACGAUCCAGCUGUCGAAAGGUCACCCGAACCCGCGCCUUUUGCCACUGAGCGCUGUAUACGAGGCGUUUGGUCAGUCUCGCGUACGGCCAGACGCUGAAGUGAGCCAUCUUCAGUACGGUGCCCCGCAGGGUCCGCUCGCACUGCGUGAGCAGAUCGCUCUCCUGCUGCACAGCGAGACAGGCUCGAGCACCGCUACCCCGGAGAACCUGAUGAUCACCAACGGCAGCGGACAGGCUCUCGAUAUGGUCUGCUCCGUGCUUUUAUCACCGGGAGAUUUGGUCGUUGUCGAAGACCCGUCCUACUUUUUGGCGUUCUAUACGUUCCGGGACUACCGUCUGAACGUUGUCGGCAUUCCGGUGGAUGCAUUCGGCAUGCAAGUCGCUUUACUGGAGCAGCGACUGUCGGAAGAUCCCACGUUUCGACCAGCGCUCGUAUACACGAUACCUAUCUGUCAGAAUCCCACCGGCAUGACCAUGUCCAGAGACCGAAUGCGGCGCCUGGUGGAGCUCUCGCGUCAGUAUUGCUUCAAGAUCGCUAGCGAUGAAGUGUAUCUGCUCCUCAGCUUUAAUAGCGACGAACAGCCGCUAUCUCUGCGCGCUUUUGACGAUGCAAACCAACCCACUGUGAUCGCCAUGAACUCGUUCAGCAAAAUACUGGGACCUGGCGUGCGCCUUGGAUGGAUCGACGCUCAUCCACGGUAUAUAGAGCGGUUUCUGCAAACCGGUCUGUUGCUGAGCGGUGGUGGACUCAACCCCUUCAUGUCUGCGAUCGCCACGGAGUUGUUACGAUCGGGGUUCCAACGAGAGCACAUCCAUCGUCUGCGAGCAGCUUAUGCUGCAGCGUGCAAACAGCUCUGCGACAGUCUUGAUGAUCAUCUGGCAAAGCAUCCGAAGUUGAGAAUCAAGUACCAGCGACCCAGGGGUGGUUUCUUUGUCUGGAUAGAGCUGCCAUCCGAAAUUGACGCAGCUGCGUUCCUCGAGUAUUGUGUUCAUGAGCACGGCGUGAGUUUCUUUGAGGGCAUACGUUUCACCACGGACACGAGCCAUCAUCGCAGUGCCUUACGCCUGAGCUUCUCCUGGCUGGAGCCACAUGAGUUGGCCGAGGGUGCAAAACGCCUCGUAGAGGCACUCGCUGCGUAUUCGCAAAGACGCCACGGUCCAGCGAUCUGA